AUGACAUCUGAAAAGGAUUUCUUCAGUGAUGAAGAGAACGAAAUCAAAACGUACAAGAGGAUAGCCAUCUUCGGUACCGCAGUUACCGUCACAGCUUUGGUUACUUCUAUCGUGAUUGUGCCAGUGCUCUUCUCUCAAAUGCAAACAGUUCAAUCAUCGCUUGAAAGUGAGCUCGAACUGUGCUCUAUUCGAUCUCGCGACCUAUGGAAUGAUCUUCACAAGGCUUCUAUGGUAAUGGGAGCUGGUAAUUCUCGUGCCAAAAGACAAUACGCUACUGCACCACCUAACUAUGGAACUCCAUCAUACGGUGGAGCUUCAUAUGGCAAUGCUGGAUAUGGCAAUCGUUAUGGACAACAGUUUGUUCAACAAGUCUAUCAACAACCUCAACAACAACGCUAUCAAACAUAUGGACACGCUCCUCCAGUCGGAGUUCAAAGAAACACCUAUGCUACUGGACCAAUCCACCGUCCAGCCUACGUUCAACCUUCUGCCCCUGUUCACGAGUUGCCCGUUACACACACCAUCUCUUCUGUUUCUCAGGUUUGUUCAUGUGGUGUUGGACAAGCCGGACCUGCUGGAUUCCCUGGAGAGGAUGGAGGCAACGGAGAAGACGGUCUUCCCGGAGCUGAUGGUGCUCCAGGUGCUGAUGCUGAGCCAGGAUACAGACCAUCCAUAAACGAUUUCUGCUUCACUUGCGAGCCAGCUCUUCCAGGUCCACCAGGAAGACCAGGACCAAAGGGACAACCAGGUCAACCAGGACACCCAGGAGAGAGUGGAGGAGCUAGCGUUCCAGGACCACCAGGACCACCAGGACCACCAGGACCAUCUGGAAGACCAGGAUCUCCAGGAAGAGGCGGAGAACGAGGAGCUCCAGGAAGAGUAAUUGAAGGAUCUGGACCACCAGGACCACAAGGACCACCAGGAUUACCAGGACCACCAGGUCUUCCAGGAGGCCCAGGACGUGAUGGAUCUGGACAGCCAGGACAUCCUGGUCCAGCCGGAGACGACGGAGCACCAGGAUUACCAGGAGUUCCAGGACAUCCAGGACAACCAGGAAAUCCAGGACGAUCUGGUGGAACCGGAGCUUGUGACCACUGUCCCGUCCCUCGUUUAGCCCCAGGCUAUUAG